AUGAUUAGUAGCUUAUUCAUAUUGUCCGAGACAGGUGACAUUAUCAUUGAGAAACACUGGAGAGGAGUUAUAAGUAGAUCAGUAUGCGAUUACUUUUGGGAUCAGAAGUUGGAGACAGAGUUGAAUUCACCAGGUAAUAGUACUGCACAGGUGUUACCUGUUAUAGUCACUCCAAAGUACUAUCUGGUCAAUAUACAUCGUCCCUCUAUAUACUUGUUGGCAGCGAUGCAUGAUGAGAGUCCACCCCUAUUGGUCAUUGACUUUAUGCAGAGGAUCUAUGAUAUCUUUGUCGACUACUUUGGCAAGACCAUCAACGAGACUGUCAUCAGAGACAACUUUGUACAUGUCUAUCAAUUGCUCGAUGAGAUGGCCGACAAUGGAUUCCCCUUCACCACUGAACCCAACUUCCUUCUCGAACUAAUCAAGCCUCCGAACGUAGUAAGCAACAUUAUACAUGGUGUCACUGGAUCAUCUGCUGUCACUGAUAUCUUGCCAAGUGGAUCAUUGGGUGCCAUUACAUGGAGAAAGACAGGUAUCAAGUAUACAAGAGAUGAAAUAUUCUUUGAUAUCGUCGAGGAGAUUGAUUGUAUUGUUGAUAGUAAUGGAAUGGUUGUAACAUGUGAGAUCAAUGGAGAGAUCAUGGCAAACUCUAGAUUGACUGGUAUGCCAGACUUGACACUCACAUUCAACAAUCCGAGAAUAUUGGACGAUGUCAGUUUCCAUCCAUGUGUCAGACACUCCAAGUGGGAGAAUGAUAGAGUGUUGAGCUUCGUCCCUCCAGAUGGCAACUUCAAAUUGAUGUCCUACAGAAUCAAAGGUAUAACUCAAAUGCCAAUAUAUGUCAAGCCACAGAUAAGUUAUAGUAAUGGUGGAGCAAGAGUGAAUGUGAUGGUUGGUCAGAAGGUGGGCUCGGACAAGAGUAUCGAGUCUGUGUUUGUAAAUAUACCAUUCCCCAAAUCAGUGUCUGCGAUCAAUCUGACUGCCAAUGUUGGUUCACACAUUGUGGAGGACUCUACCAAGACGGUCAAGUGGGACAUUGGCAAGAUACCAAAGGACAAGACACCAAUGCUCACUGGCAAUGUAAAUCUUACACCUGGACAACCUAUUCCCGAGUCCAAUCCAUCAAUUAUGGUACAAUUCAAGAUAGUCAUGUAUGCCAUCUCAGGCAUCGGAGUCAACUCACUGUCAUGUAGCGAGAAGUACAAACCCUACAAAGGUGUACGAUGCAUCACCAAAGCUGGAAAAUUCCAAGUCAGAUGU